AUAGUCAGUGCUGCGCACGUUCAGUGGCUGAAUAGUCGUGCAACGCAUCGAAUCGUACAAUAUGCUGACAAUACUUUUGGCUCUGAACGUGGGCAUUGGCAUGGGUAUGGGCCAGGUUCAGGCGGAGAGCCCGAAACCGAUUACGGAGACAUGUUUGCUUUGCAUGUGUGAGGCAUUGAGCGGCUGCAAUGCGACGGCUGUGUGCGUAAAUGGAGCCUGCGGCAUCUUCAGGAUCACCUGGGAUCAGUGGGUCGAUGCUGGACGACUGACAGUGACGGGUGAUACACCCAUUUCGGACAGCGCGUUUACCAACUGCGCCAAUGAUCCGCACUGUGGGGCGGACACUCUACAGCACUACAUGGUGAAGUACGGACAGGAUUGUAAUGAUGAUCAGCAGGAGGAUUGCUACGAUUACGGUGCCAUCCACUAUAUGGGUCCAUUCAACUGCAAAGCGGAUAUGCCCUACAAUUAUGAGAACAUCUUCAAGCGGUGCCUGAGACGGGCGCAGCGGGAACAGCAGCGACAGACAACCACCUAGUCCGCCACGGGGGAAAGGCAACCACUGAUAACUAGUUUCAGCUGUCUAGCUGUUAACUUCUAGUAUUUAAUAACUAAUUUAUGAGGAAGAGUCGGCUUAAAAUUUGUGUGAGAAAAUUGCAUUGCAAAUGGCAUCUCGUUUAAUAAACAGCAGAUCUGUGUUGA